AUGGCUCUCUCCCCUGGCACAUGGCCGUUGAUCACUGCAAUUCUGCUCAUCCGCGGCCUGUUCGCCGCCUUCCCUGCGGCGUCGAGCGGCCGGGUGGACGCAGGAGACAUGCUGAUGAUGGACAGGUUCCUCCGGUGGCAGGCCACGCACAACCGCACGUACCUGAGCGCGGAGGAGAGGCUGCAUCGCUUCGAGGUGUACCGCGAUAACGUGGAGUACAUCGACGCCACCAACCGGCGCGGCGACCUCAGCUACGAACUCGGCGAGAACCAGUUCGCCGACCUUACCCAGGAUGAGUUCCUGGCAAGGUACACGUCCUACGACGCCGAGCAUCGCAGUAGUGAUGAUGACGCCUCGGACAUCAAGACGACCGCCGGCGGCGGCGGCGGCGGCGGCGACGACGACGACCUGUGGUCUUCUGGCAGUGGCGACGACUCGUUGGAGGCAUCGUCGCCACCGCCUCCGCCCAGCGUGGAUUGGAGGGCCAAAGGCGCCGUGGUGCCACCCAAGUCCCAAAGCUCGUCAUGCUCCAGCUGCUGGGCGUUCGUGACGGUGGCGACGAUCGAGACUCUACACUGGAUCAAGACGGGGAAGCUGGUGUCCCUGUCGGAGCAGCAGCUGGUGGACUGCGACCAGUACGACGGCGGGUGCAACCUGGGGUCCUACCACAGGGGCUACAAGUGGGUGGUCGAGAACGGCGGGCUCACCACGGAGGCGGAGUACCCGUACAGGGCGGUGCGAGGCCCCUGCAACCGCGCCAAGUCCGCGCGCAUCGCUGCCAAGAUCACCGGGCAAGGGGCCAUCGGGCCGAGGAACGAGCUGGUGAUGCAGAAGGCGGUGGCGGGGCAGCCGGUGGGGGUGGCAAUCGAGGUCGGCAGCGGCAUGCAGUUCUACAAGAGCGGCGUCUACUCGGGACCCUGCGGGACGCGGCUGGCGCACGCCGUCACCGUCGUCGGCUACGGCACCGACCCCUCCACGGGGGCCAAGUACUGGAUCGUCAAGAACUCGUGGGGGCAGACGUGGGGCGAGGGUGGAUACAUCCGGAUGCGCCGCGACGUCGGAGGACCCGGAAUCUGCGGCAUCACGCUCGACGUCGCCUACCCGUACUAG